GAAACCCACUUCAAUUCCAUUCUAGCGGGAAAUACGACGCCCCGGGAUCAGAGACGUCGGGCCCUUGAGGCUAAGUUUGAGGCUGAAAACAUAUCGCCCAAGCAGCGAGAUGAGGAGCUGUGGAAAUGGGCUUGUAUGGAGACUGAAUAUCUCCGACAGACUCGUGUACUGCGCGCAAGGGCAAGCAGCCGAGUUUUUUCACCCUCUCAAAAUGUCACCGUUGGUGGUUACGAAGUUAUUCGCGUCCUUGGCAAAGGAAGUUUUGGCGUGGUUCGGCUCGCGUCAUCGAAGAAGGUGUAUGCCAUGAAGGUCAUCAAGAAAUCGGAUAUGCUGCGCAAUUCCCAAGAAGGGCAUUUGCGAGCCGAGCGCGAUUUCCUUGUUGCAUCUGAGCGAUCGCGGUGGGUCGUGCCGUUGAUCGCCAGCUUCCAAGACACGAGCAACUUGUACCUGGUCAUGGAUUAUAUGGUCGGAGGCGACUUCCUUGGUCUUCUUAUUCGGAAGAACACACUGAGCGAGGAGAUGACUAAAUGGUACGUUGCGGAGAUGAUUCUUUGCGUCGAAGAAGCGCACCGGAUGAAAUGGAUUCAUCGAGACAUUAAGCCUGAUAACUUUUUGAUCUCGGCGUCUGGCCAUUUGAAGAUAUCUGAUUUUGGGUUGGCCUUUGACGGUCACUGGGCGCACGACCAAUCCUACUAUAAUAACCACCGACAUUCCCUUGUGCACCGGCUGGGAAUCGAGGUUCAGGGUGACACUAUUGACCGCGAGCAAGACGAGAAUAUUCUUCAAUAUCGCAACAGAACCGGUAAGCGCCAGCUUGCCAAGAGUAUUGUCGGCACUAGUCAAUACAUGGCGCCGGAGGUCAUUAGAGGCGACCCUUACGAUGGGCGCUGCGAUUGGUGGUCGAUUGGUAUAAUCAUAUUUGAGUGUCUAUUUGGUUACACUCCUUUCUGCUGCGAUGAUCGUACAGAAACAAAAUAUAAGAUUUUGCAUCAUGCCACCACAUUGGAAUUUCCUGAAUCAAAGGAUGUUUCCCUAGAAGUAGUGGACUUGAUCCGCAAAAUUCUGCGAGAACGCGAGCUUCGGCUCUCUUCCAAGAAGUAUUGGCCAAAUGAUUGGGACCGCCUGCUUCCAAACACUGGCAUUACGCCCGAUCAGACCUCGGUUCAGGAUUACACUGGACAUUACGUCUUCCCCGACGAUGCCGAAGACAUUAAGAGGCACAAGUUUUUCAAGCGGUGGAAUUGGCAAAAUCAACACUUGUCCCAUCCCCCCUUUGUCCCCAAGGUGAAGAGCGAGGAAGAUACAAAGUAUUUUGAUGAGGGCCAAAGCAUUAGCGAUGUUGAACCUUCAAAGGAGUCUUCGACUCGUGGUUCCAGCUCUGGCAGCUCACGAAUCGCUGAAAUUAAUCGCAUUGUCGCAGAAGCUGCCCGCACCGGCU